AUGACGACUGCACCGAGUUCGGAUCCCCCUGCUCAGGCGGCAUCUGCUGCCACUGCUCCAGCUUUGCUGGACCACGUGGUGGUUGGUCACGAGGCGUCCCAGGCGCCUGCGUCAUCUGCGUCAUCCGUGGCGCAGCCACCUAGUGCUAGGCGGCGGCACCGGCCCACCGACACCAUGGACACGACGACAUCGACCGACUGUACUGGUGCCUCGGGAUCACAGCCAGCGAAGAAGAACACUCGAGGACCGUGUCGUCAGCUGAAGACGGCGAAGGUCACUCGGGCCUUCCUGGAAACAUGGGAAGCAAAAACAAAUACUUUCAAUGUGGUAGAUUAUGGUGCUGUUGGGAAUGGCCUAGUAGAUGAUACAAAAGCCUUCCUCGAGACAUGGGGAGCUAUGUGUGCAUCAUCAACUCAAGACACCCUUACCCUGGUGGUACCACAGGGCAAAAGAUUCUUGUUAAAUGCUGUGGCGUUUGAAGGGCCUUGCACGGCUAGUAAAGUAAAUUUCCAGAUACAAGGGAGUAUUGUUGCACCGAAUAACAUUGGUGCAUGGACAAACAAGGAGAUGUGGAUUCAGUUUUCGAAGGUACAAGGUCUAUCGGUCAAUGGAGGAGGUCGAAUUGAUGGAAAUGGCGCCGUUUGGUGGAAAGCUCUCCAUUUCAACAAAUGUCAUGGCUUCCAAUUGAGUCGUCUGGCAAUUUUCAAUAGCCCUAAAAAUCAUAUAAGCAUUUGUAGCUGCAAUGGCCCCCGAGUUUUCGGUCUCUUAAUUUGGGCUCCUAAAGACAGUCCAAACACAGAUGGAAUUGAUAUUUCCCAAUCAACCCGAGUCACAAUUCAAUCUUCUCAUAUAGCAACUGGUGAUGAUUGUAUUGCCAUCAAUAGCGGUUCAUCUUAUAUCAAGAUUAGGGAUAUUAAAUGCGGACCAGGCCAUGGUAUUAGUAUUGGCAGUCUAGGUCAACAUGGAGAAUACAGUCAAGUGGAAGAGGUGCAAGUGAGCAAUUGCACCUUCAAGGGGACAACAAAUGGAGUGAGAAUCAAGACAUGGGAAGGCGGUUCGGGAUAUGCUAGGAAGAUCACUUUCGAGGGGAUCACAUUUGAAGACACCAAAAAUCCUAUCAUAAUAGACCAGCACUAUUUUGCUAAACCUACUUCAGCAAUGGACAUAAGCAAGUCGGUACAAGUUAGCGACGUGACGUACCGAAACAUAAACGGAACUUGCGCUGAUGAGAAAGCCAUAACUUUGGCCUGCGCAGGGGGCGGAUGCACAAACAUUGUGAUGGACAACGUGACCAUAAAAUCUGAUCUUCCAAACAAGAGGUCUUAUGCUUACUGCGACAAUGCCCAUGGCACCUCUUCCUUCUCUGUGCCUUCUGUCCCAUGCCUUUCGCAUUGA